GGCUCUAGGCCGCCCGUCGUUACGAAAUAAAAGCGCGAAUAGCAGCGUGCUUUGUCUUUUUAGUAAGUACGUCUUGUUCCUGGCUUCUGCACGCUGUUCCAAGCGUCAGGCUGACCGUAUGUAAUCAGUUUGGCUACUCGAACGAGAAGGUGCACUGAAUGCGUUGAAUUAACACACAUGUCCUCCUCUUCCCCCGGCAGGUAUCAAAACAAAGGAAGUGGGGUUGUUCUGGGCGCUCUUUUUUAGUAACUUUUUAUCUUCAGUUGUAUAUUGAACGAUAUACGUGUAAUAGCGAAAUGUCCUCAAAGAAAAAAACGAAGAGAAAUUCCAGAAGUAAAUUCAAUGACUACAAAGUUGGAUCCCAUUCUCGAAGGAAAUUACUUCCACCUGAGGAACCAGAUAUUUCAAGGAUAUUGAAGGUAGCAGAAACCGAGGAACUUGGGGAGCCUGAUGAUUCGUUUGAUCACCCUUUGCACAGUACUGCUGUGGAUGCUUAUGGAGAAGAACAUUCAGAGAAUGAGUCACUUAGUGAUUUGUCAGGUCUACAGAGGAAAAACACAGAAAAAAGUAAAAGAACGCAUCACUUGAAAAUGUCUGAAGAUGAUAUUUACAAAUUCAAGACAGGUGAUUCUGAAGAUGAACCCCUUAAGGAGAAUAUGGUAUCGAGACUGUCCAAGACCACUGUAAUGAAACCGAAGCUACCAUCCGCGUUGACAUCAAGGAAUGGUGCUUCAGCAAACAGUGAACUGGGUGAAAAGAAAAAGAUGAACGUCCAAAAGAAGGCUCAGAAUACUACUGAACUCCUAGAGAAAAGGAAGAAGCGGCCUUCAGAGAAGAGUGCGUUAGUUCCUUGUGUUGAUGAUAGCCCAGGUUCUGUACAGGUUUGGUGUCCCAAAGGGCUGAAGAGAUUUCCUAAAGAUAUUACAGAACUGGAUGUUGUUCUUGCUGAAUUUGAGAAGAUAGCAGCAGAUUACAAACAAAGAGUAGACUCUAAGAUUUGCAGAAAAGCUAUCGAUGGCUUCUGUUCCGGUUUCAAGGACCAAAUCACUGAUCUUAUAACAGAAGUCCAGGAAUUAAAGAAUACGAAGAGAAAAAAUGCUAAGGUGAUAACGGACAUCAAAAAGAAAAGGCAGCGACUGUUGCAAGUCAGAGAAGAGUUAAUGGGAACUGAACCACAACUGAAACAGCUGCAAAGAGAAUAUGCUCAGUUACAGGAGAGGAAAUCUUCCCUGAGGCAUGCAGCUCAAUUCCUUACUGAUUUAAAAGAGCUACAGCAAGACUGUUUGGAUUACAGAGAAGAAAACCCUACAGAAAAAGUGGUAUAUGGAAUGUCCAGCCUUCCUGCUCUUCUGGUGGAAUCACGGAGAAUUGUAGCAAUGGAAAGGCACUUCAAGAACAUUAAUACAAGAUUGCAAGAGGCACUGAACGUACAAAGAGCAAAGUUACCAAAGAAACAUUAAGUGCUUUUUAAUGGACUUUCUGAAAUUAAUUAGGAACAGUUAUUAGAAUGGACAGUGAUUAAAGUAUGUCUAACCAUUACUGCUGUACUUUGCUUCAAUGCAUACGAGAAAUGCAACUUAAUCAGAAACUAUCUUUCUACUGUUAAGAACUUAUUCAAAGAGUGUCAGUAAAAAUUAAUAAGAUACUAACUCCAGUUAAUAUCA